UCUCCUCCCCCUCCCUGCAGUGCUAACGUUGUCCAUGUGGAGAGUGAGGGCGGUCACUGUACACACACAGACUGAGCAGAACACUCAAAGCAUGAGGAGCCACGAUGAGAAGCGAUCUGCAAUGAGAUGGACAAAACCUCUCCCUUUUCUCCUCUUGAUCUCACUUCACAGUGCAUCACUGGCCGCGGGCACAGGUGUGGCAGUGACCAAAGGGCAGAACGUUACCCUGGCAUGCCCGCUGGAGGUCAACCUCACGGUGGGCACGAUCGCCUGGUACAAGCAGAGCCCAGGCCAGGGCCCAAACAUGGUUCUGAGCUACGUCCUGAAUGGGUCCUCGCAGGUCCGCUACGGCGAGGGGUUCCACCUGGGUCGGUUCUCAGUCCAGUCAGGGGCAAGCGACUCAGUGCCACACCAGCUUCUGAUCAGCACCACGGAGGAGAUGGACUCGGCCACCUACUACUGCGGCAUCUCCAACAGCGACCGCCAAACGGACCCCUAACCACAGAUAACCCCUAACCACUGCUAACCCCUAACUACUGCUAACCCCUAACUACUGCUAAGCCCUAACUACAGAUGACCCCUAACUACUGCUAACCCCUAACUACAAAUGACCCCUAACUACUGCUAACCCCUAACUACUGCUAACCCCUAACUACAGAUGACCCCUAACUACAAAUGACCCCUAACCACUGCUAACCCCUAACUACUGCUAACCCCUAACUACAGAUGACCCCUAACUACUGCUAACCCCUAACUACUGCUAACCCCUAACUACAGAUGACCCCUAACUACAAAUGACCCCUAACCACUGCUAACCCCUAACUACUGCUAACCCCUAACUACAGAUGACCCCUAACUACUGCUAACCCCUAAUUACUGCUAACCCCUAACUACAGAUGACCCCUAACUACUGCUAACCCCUAAUUACAGAUGACCCCUAACUACUGCUAACCCCUAACCACUGGUAACCCCUAACUACAGAUGACCCCUAACUACUGCUAACCACUAACCACUGCUAACCCCUAACUACAGAUGACCCCUAACUACAAAUGACCCCUAACCACUGCUAACCCCUAACUACAGAUGACCCCUAACUACAAAUGACCCCUAACCACUGGUAACCCCUAACUACAGAUGACCCCUAACUACUGCUAACCACUAACCACUGCUAACCCCUAACUACAGAUGACCCCUAACUACUGCUAACCACUAACCACUGCUAACCCCUAACUACAGAUGACCCCUAACUACAGAUGACCCCUAACUACUGCUAACCACUAACCACUGCUAACCCCUAACUACAGAUGACCCCUAACUACUGCUAACCACUAACCACUGCUAACCCCUAACUACAGAUGACCCCUAACUACAGAUGACCCCUAACUACAGAUGACCCCUAACUACAGAUGACCCCUAACUACAGAUGACCCCUAACUACAGAUGAACUCUAACUAACUACUGUCCGCUCUCUUUAUGCAUCGCUUUCAUCUUUCGUGUAAAAGCUCAUAAAACAGCUCAUGGGUGCUUUGAGAAAAUGUUAUAUGAAAGCAAGUUGUUUUUGUUUUGAUAAAGUGCUAUAUGAGAGCAAGUUGUUUUUGUUGUUGUUUCAUAAUCUUGUGCAGUUAAAAUAAACAUUUCUAAAAACAUUGUCAAA